GUCCUCGUUGUUGGCUCAAGAGGUGGUAAUCUGCAAUGAUGGCUUCCAGGAGUACGCUUCACUUCAAGCCCCCAUUGACCAUCGUCAUCCCAUACGGGCUGAAGAGUUGGCUAGAAUGUCUUUGCAGAGCCAUACUCAUUGAGGGACCAAGGCAGAUACCGGAAUUUAUUGCUGCCUAUUGCGAUGAGCUGCUGGAAUUUAGAGAACGUAAUCCUUUGAUGGAUACCAAGGAUGUUAUACACCUGUACCAAGAGAUGCGGGAGGCAAAUUAUGUCAAAGACUGGAAAGCUGCCAUAUACUUAACACACAGUCAGCUAGGCCUACAGUAUCCGCCCGGAGAGCUUGCACCUGUGCACUGUGACCAGAUGUCACUCCUCCUGGCUGAGGAGACCCUGUCAGUCAGCCAGACGAUCAGCCCUUGGGAGUCCAAUGUCCCCUCCUGCGAGCCCAUGGGUGGGCCAGAUGAGCAGGCUCAGUCUCUGAGCAGUCCCCCUGGAGGAACCCACCAUGGAGAUGACGUUGGAGAUCAAUCCAGCCCAACCCACCCUGGAGAUCAACCCAGCUCAGCUGUGGAAUUGGAGGAGGCCCAGGCCGGGCCGGGUUCUGCUGUGCAGUCAGCUAUGUUCCAGAGAUUUCCGUCAGGGGACAGUCUACUGGAGGCCAACCAGUCUCCGGUCCUGAUCAGCACCUGCAGCGCCCCAACCAACAACGCCAUCAUCAUCCACUCUGAGAACCUUCCGGAGACCAUUGUCUUCCACAGCGACAGCCGUCUAUCCUCAGGUGUGUCUUCCAGGAGUAGUUUGACCUGGAGUCUUUUGGUUGGUGAGGGGAAUAAGGUUUGGGUGAAUGACCCAACAGAGGUGAUGUCUGAUGAUGUGGUGGUGUUCCACAAAGUGCCCUCAAUGGACAACCUGCCUCGCAUGCCGUCUUCCAGAGAAGUCUUCUGUAAUGUGGAGGAGACUAACAGGGAACCAUCAAUGGAGGAGCUACUGGUGUCUCCAACUGCUUCUGUUGGCAGAGUUUCAGCAGUAGUGUCUGCUGCAAGACAUUCUGAAAGUGGUUUAUCAGGAAGAGCUUUCUCUGAAACAGAACUAGUUGAUGCAGCACACAGAGUGUCCUCAGUCAGGAUACCCAGUAGAGAGGAGAGAGUGAUGAGAACAGCAGAUACACCAGAAAGACACACGCUCUCAGUAUCUCCACAGGCAUCUUAUGUGUCAGAGUGCCCAGUGAUGUUUGAAAAAGAGGACUGGUGUGUAAUCACCAUUCCCUCUUCUCCAGUGAAGAAAGCAGUCAAAUUCACCCCCUCCGAAGAGAUCUCACCUAUUACUUCACCCAGCAUAGAUAUAGCCUGGGAGGAGCUUCUGCAGACAUCAGAAUCCAUCAUUGAUAAAGUAGCCUUCAAUACUUUGGAGAUUGUAAACAAACAAUUACAAUGCUCAAGGAGGGAGAUAUCUGAAAUGGUCCCAUCUGACCCUGUGGUUGUGUCUCAGUCUCUAAACGCUUUCUCUUAUGACGAUCUCUCUUACUCACCUUCAGCUGUGGAGGAAUUCUCUACUGCCUCAGCAAGAUGCUCAGAAGGUGAUGUCACUGAAGAGUUCUCUACUGCCUCAGCAAGAUGCUCAGAAGGUGAUGGCACUGAAAGAGCUCGCUCUGAAACAGCAGUAGAGAGUGAAGCAAUCUCUGUGAGGGAGAUUUCACCAGCAGUGACUGCAAGGUGUUCUGCCAGUGACGUAUCAGAAAUAGUUCCCUCUGAAACAGCAGUUUUGGGAGCAGCAGUGCCAUCAAUGGAGGAGCUAUCAGAGUCACCAACUGUAUUUGCCUUUGUGGGUGGGAUUUCCCCAGCAGUGUCGGCCAAUGAUGUAUCAGAAAGAGCUCCCUCUGAAACAUCAGUAGUGGGAGCAGAGGCUCCAGAGAGACAAACAUCUCUCAGUGUAUCUCCACAGACUUCAUUUGUGUCAGCUCAUUCUGAGGAAUCACUGAAGGCUACAGACUUGUCAUCUCCAUCCAACCUGGCCAGGAUUCCCUCUGCAUAUCUCAGUGAUGGUGUGUCACCAGCAGUGUCUGCAAGAUGUUCUGCUAGUGACUUACUAGAAAGAGCUUCCUCUGAAACAACAGCGCCGAGAGUGAUCCCCUCUGCACCAUCAAUGGAUGAGCUAUUGGUAUUACCAACUGCUUCCGUUGUUGGGAUUUCAACAGCAGUGUCUGCAAGAUCUUCAAGAGUUAGUUUUGCAGAAAGAGCUCCCUCAGAAACAGCAGUGGAGGGGGUAAGAUAUUCUGAAAGUGGUUUAUCAGGAAGAGCCUUCUCUAAAACAGAACUAGUUGAUGCAACACACAGAGUGUCCUCAGUCAGGCUACCCUUUAGAGAGGUGAGUGUGAUGAGAACAGCAGAGACACCAGAGAGACACUCAUCUCCCAGAGUAUCUCCACAGACAUGUUCAGUGUCAGGUACAGUAGUCAUCCAAUCUCUGUGA